ACUGUCUACCACACCCUGGCCUGUUACAGAGACUGUCUACCACACCCUGACCUGUUACAGAGACUGUCUACCACACCCUGGCCUGUGACAGAGACUGUCUACCACACCCUGGCCUGUUACAGAGACUGUCUACCACACCCUGACCUGUUACAGAGACUGUCUACCACACCCUGGCCUGUGACAGAGACCGUCUACCACACCCUGGCCUGUUACAGAGACUGUCUACCACACCCUGGCCUGUUACAGAGACUGUCUACCACACCCUGGCCUGUGACAGAGACCGUCCUACCACACCCUGACCUGUUACACGAGACUGUCUACCACACCCUGGCCUGUUACAGAGACCGUCUACCCACAACCCUGGCCUGUUACAGAGACUGUCUACCACACCCUGGCCUGUUACAGAGACUGUCUACCACACCCUGGCCUGUUACAGAGACUGUCUACCACACCCUGGCCUGUUACAGAGACCGUCUACACACCACCCUGGCCUGUGACAGAGACCGUCUACACACGCCCUGAACCUGUUACAGAGACUGUCUAACCACACCCUGGCCUGUGACAGAGACGUCUACCACACCCUGGCCUGUGACCGAGACUGUCUACCACACCUGGCCUGUGACAGAGACCGUCUACCACACCCUGGCCUGUUACAGAGACUGUCUACCACCACCACACCCUGACCUGUUACAGAACUGGUCUACCACACCCUGGCCUGUUACAGAGACUGUCUACCACACCCUGACCUGUUACAGAGACUGUCUACCACACCCUGGCCUGUGACAGAGACUGUCUACCACACCCUGGCCUGUGACAGAGACUGUCUACCACACCCUGGCCUGUGACAGAGACCGUCUACCACACCCUGGCCUGUUACAGAGACUGUCUACCACACCCUGGCCUGUGACAGAGACUGUCUACCACACCCUGGCCUGUGACAGAGACCGUCGUACCACACCCUGGCCUGUACGAGACUGUCCUACCACACCUGGCCUGUGACAGGAGACCGUCUACCAACACCCUGGCCUGUUACGAGACUGUCUACCACACCUGGCCUGUUACAGAGACUGUCUACCACACCCUGCCUGUUACAGGGGAACGGUUCUACCCAACACCUGGCCAUGUUACAGAGACUGUCUACCACACCCUGGCCUGUUUACAGAGACUGUCUACCACACACCUGGCCUGGUUACAGAGACUGUCUACCACACCCUGGCCUGUGACAGAGACUGUCUACCACACCCUGGCCUGUGACAGAUACCGUCUACCACACCCUGGCCUGUUACAGAGACCGUCUACCACACCCUGGCCUGUUACAGAGACUGUCUACCACACCCUGGCCUGUUACAGAGACCGUCUACCACACCCUGGCCUGUUACAGAGACUGUCUACCACACCCUGGCCUGUUACAGAGACUGUCUACCACACCCUGGCCUGUGAUAGAGACCGUCUACAACAGAGGCAGAGGAGAGGAGAGUGGAGAGGGGAGGCAGAGGAGAGGAGAGGAGAGGGGAGAGGAGAGGGGAGAGGAGAGGGAGAGGAGAGGCAGAGAGGAGAGGCAGAGGGGAGAGGAGAGGGAGAGGGGAGAGGAGAGGCAGAGAGGAGAGGGGAGAGCAGAGAGUGCCAUACCAACUCCAUCCCUCUCUCACCUCCUUCAUCUCGACAGACUCAGCUCUGUCCUCUCGCUAAUACUCCCAUAUUGUUAUUCUGUUUCAGCUGUGCCAUCGAGUGUUAUUAUCAGUCUCUUCUUUGUGUGUGUUGUUUCAGGUAUGCCAGCCUGUAUUUCUGCUGUGCCAUCGAGGACCAGGACAACGAGCUGAUCACACUAGAGAUCAUCCACAGAUACGUGGAACUACUGGAUAAGUACUUUGGCAGUGUACGUAUCCAUCUAUUCCCUAUUCCCUACUCCCUAUUCCCUACUCCCUAUUCCCUAUUCCCUAUUCCCUACUCCCUACUCCCCACUCCCUAUUCCCCACUCCCUAUUCCCUACUCCCUACUCCCUACUCCCCAUUCCCUACUCCCUACUCCCUACUCCCUAUUCCCUAUUCCCUAAUCCCUACUCCCUAUUCCCCACUCCCUAUUCCCUACUCCCUACUCCACACUCCCUAUUCCCUAUUCCCUGAUUCCCUAUUCCCCACUUCCCUAUUCCCCUUACUCCCCCACUCCCUAGUCCCAAUUCCCCACUCCCUAUUCCCCAUCCCUAUUCCCUAAUUCCCCCACGUCCCCUAUCCUACCCCCCCCUACUCCCCACUCCCUAUUCCCACUUCCCUAUUCCCACUCCCUACCCCUCCCCACUCCCUUCCCUACUCCCCACUCCCUAUUCCCUAUUCCCUACUGCCCCACUCCCCAUUCCCUACUCCCUACUCCCUACUCCCCACUCCCUGUUCCCUACUCCCCACUCCCUACUCCCUAUUCCCUAUUCCCUACUCCCCACUCCCUAUUCCUAUUCCCUACUCCCUACUUCCCCACUCCCUGUUCCCUACUCCCCACUCCCUAUUCCCUAUUCCACUACUCCCCACCUCCCUGUUCCCUACUCCCCAUCCUAUUCCCCACUCCCUGUCCCUAAUCCCCACUCCCCAUUCCCCAUUCCCCCAUGCCCUACGCCCCACUCCCAGUCCCAACUCCCAUUCCCGAUUCCCCACUCCCCAGCCUACUCCCCACUGGCCUAUUCCCCACCUCCCUAUUCCCUACGUCCCCACCCCUAAUCCCUACUUCCGAUUCCCUACUCCUGAUCCCUAUUCCUAUUCCCUAAUCCUACUCCCUAUUUCCCCACUCCCUAUUCCAUACUCCCCACUCCCUAUUCCCUACUCCCUACUUCCUAUUCCCCACUCCCUAUUCCCUACUCCCCACUCCCUAUUCCCUACUCCCCACUCCCUAUUCCCUAUCCCCACUCCCUAUUCCCUAAUCCCCACUCCCUAUUCCCUAUUCCCCACUCCCUAUUCCCUACUCCCUACUCCCCACUCCCUGUUCCCUACUCCCCACUCCCUAUUCCCUAUUCCCCACUCCCUAUUCCCCACUCCCUAUUCCCCACUCCCCUGUUCCCUAAUCCCCACUCCCUACUCCCUACUCCCUACUCCCCACUCCCUAUUCCCUAUUCCCUACUCCCCACUCCCUAUUCCCUAUUCCCUACUCCCUAUUCCCUAUUCCCUACUCCCCACUCCCUAUUCCCCACUCCCUGUUCCCUACUCCCCACUCCCUAUUCCCUACUCCCUACUCCCCACUCCCUGUUCCCUACUCCCCACUCCCUAUUCCCUACUCCCUACUCCCCACUCCCCUAUUCCCUACUCCCCACUCCCUGUUCCCUACUCCCCACUCCCUAUUCCCCACUCCCUGUUCCCUAAUCCCCACUCCCUAUUCCCCACUCCCCAUUCCCUACUCCCCACUCCCUAUUCCCCACUCCCCAUUCCCUAUUCCCCACUCCCCAUUCCCUACUCCCCACUUCCUAUUCCCCACUCCCUAUUCCCUACUCCCCACUCCCUAAUCCCUACUUCCUAUUCCCUACUCCUUAUUCCCUAUUCCCUAUUCCCUAAUCCCUACUCCCUAUUCCCCACUCCCUAUUCCCCUACUUCCUAUUCCCCACUCCCUAUUCCCUACUCCCUACUCCCUACUCCCUACUCCCCACUCCCUAUUCCCUAUUCCCUACUCCCCACUCCCUAUUCCCUACUCCCCACUCCCUAUUCCCUAUUCCCUACUCCCCACUCCCUAUUCCCUAUUCCCUACUCCCUAUUCCCUAUUCCCUAUUCCCCACUCCCUACUUCCUAUUCCCCACUCCCUAUUCCCUACUCCCCACUCCCUAUUCCCUACUCCCCACUCCCUAUUCCCUAUUCCCCACUCCCUAUUCCCUAAUCCCCACUCCCUAUUCCCUACUCCCCACUCCCUAUUCCCUACUCCCCACUCCCUAUUCCCUAAUCCCCACUCCCUAUUCCCUAUUCCCCACUCCCUAUUCCCUAAUCCCUACUUCCUAUUCCUGUGUUCUGACUGACGCCCUCCAUUGUGCUAGCUUUGUUUCAGUUUAAUUUUGGAAGGUCUACUUCAUCCUGUGUGUGUGUGUGUGUGUGUGUGUGUGUGUGUGUGUGUGUCAUUUUUUGGGGGUAUCUGUACUUUACUUUACUAUUUAUAUUUUUUAUAACUUUUACUUCACUACAUUCCUAAAGAAAAUAAUGUACUUUUUACUGACAUUUACCAUGACACCCAAAAGUACUCGUUACAUUUUGAAUGCAAAUCAAUUUAUAACAUUUUUGACAGGCGUUUUUCUGGUUUUUUGUUGUUGUUAUUCUGUCUCUCACUGUUCAAAUGAACCUACCAUUAAAAUGAUAGUCUGAUCAUGUCUUUGUCAGUGGGCAAACAUACAAAAUCAGCAGGGGAUCAAAUACUUUUUCCCCUCACUGUAGCAGGACAGGAAAAUUGUCAAAUUAUCGCACUUAUCAUGAGAACAUCCUUGGUCAUCCUUGGUCAUCCCUACUGCCUCUCAGUGGUGUCAUGGAUGCCAAGGGAAGGCAGGCUUCCUAAAACAUUUACCAAUAUUUUUUAAAUAUAUAUAUACACAAAAAGUAUCUUUCGUCUCUCUGUGUGUCAUAAUUUUCCUUCAAUUCGCAAGAGGCUGAAUGUAUCUCAUUGGAGAAAGCAUCCGAGUGAGCGAAACAGCGCCCCCCUGUGUCUGGAUGUUUAGGCCGUCUAUCUGAGGCUGUCUGGUCCAAACAGCGCCCCCCUGUGUCUGGAUGUUUAGGCCAUCUAUCUGAGGCUGUCUGGUCCAAACAGCGCCCCCCUGUGUCUGGAUGUUUAGGCCAUCUAUCUGAGGCUGUCUGGUCCAAACAGCGCCCCCCUGUGUCUGGAUGUUUAGGCCGUCUAUCUGAGGCUGUCUGGUCCAAACAGCGCCCCCCUGUGUCUGGAUGUUUAGGCCGUCUAUCUGAGGCUGUCUGGUCCAAACAGCGCCCCCCCUGUGUCUGGAUGUUUAGGCCGUCUAUCUGAGGCUGUCUGGUCCAAACAGCGCCCCCCUGUGUCUGGAUGUUUAGGCCGUCUAUCUGAGGCUGUCUGGUCCAAACAGCGCCCCCCCUGUGUCUGGAUGUUUAGGCCGUCUAUCUGAGGCUGUCUGGUCCAAACAGCGCCCCCCUGUGUCUGGAUGUUUAGGCCGUCUAUCUGAGGCUGUCUGGUCAUAAAGAGCAUGACGUUGUUGUUUCCCGUAGCAUUGAAUGCUAGGGAAGCCAGCGAGCAUGGAUGGAGAUGGGGAUUUGCACUUGUGGUUUUACUUAAUUCUCCGUACUAGCCAAAGAUUAUAACGGCGAUUCUGAUCCAACCAUUAAUUCAUACAUUGUUGUGCCCCUGGCCUGAUAGGAUGGAAGUUCAAUAUGUAGCUAGAUGUAGAAGGCUAAUGCUAACUAGCUAACGUUGCCCAUGAAUGGAAGUUAUGCUAGCUAGCAUUCUAGCCACGUAGCCUAGGACAACAACAAAUAAAAGCGUGUACUGAGUCAUAGACCAUUUUGUCAACAUUGGUGUUACUCUACAAGGAGGGUGAGUCAUUGGCGUUACUCUACAAGGAGGGUGAGUCAUUGGCGUUACUCUACAAGGAGGGUGAGUCAUUGGCGUUACUCUACAAGUAGGGUGAGUCAUUGGCGUUACUCUACAAGGAGGGUGAGUCAUUGGCGUUACUCUACAAGUGAAUCAACAUGUUUUUUCUACUUGCACACACACAUUUUUUCAUUUGAGUCAUUUGGCUCUUAUCCAGAGCCACUUGCAGGAGUGAGUGCAUACAUUUUCGUAUUGGUCCCCCGUGGGAAUCAAACCCACAACCCUGGUGUUGCAAGCGCCAUGCUCUACCAACCGAGCCACACGGGACCACACACAUACAGAGAAAUCAGAACCACGGACAGCCACAUCAUAUUUAGUUUACGUUGAUUGGACUAAAUGGUUUUUGGUAUAUUUUAGUUGUUCUGGAAUAGUGGAGGCAGCUCCUGUUUUCUUUGCGACUUGUGGUAACUCUCCGUGGUAACUCUCCGUGGUAACUCUCCGUGGUAACUCUCCGUGGUAACUCUCCGUGGUUCUAAAGCAGUAGCUGUUUAGUAGUCUGAAAAUGUCGGAAACAUUAAGUUGCUUGGCCAUGCUGUCAUUUUCUAUUAAGGUAUCUUUGACAAAUAGGUACUUUUUCCACCACUGUGUGUGUGUGUGUGUGUGUGUGUGUGUGUGUGUGUGUGUGUUACAGGUGUGUGAGCUGGACAUCAUAUUUAACUUUGAGAAGGCCUACUUCAUCCUGGAUGAGUUCUUGCUGGGAGGAGAGGCUCAGGAGACGUCCAAGAAGAUUGUACUAAAGGCAAUAGAACAAGCUGACCUACUGCAGGAGGUAAAAUACCUCACUGAGCCCAAGACAGGGACCUCUCUAAUC